GAGACGCACACACCGCUUGAAUUGUGCGUCCAUUCGAAUAUUUGGAAAUAGACGAUCUUUGACGUGAGUUUUAUUCAGGCGUCAUUAACGCGCAUGUGUUGGAUCAUCAUCAAGACGUAAUCAUCAAUCACGAAACAAAAUUUCACAUUGGACGAGCCAAAGUCUACGAAGCCGAAACCAUGUCGCCGAUUGUAGCCGAGUCCGUGCCAGUCUCUUCGGAGCGCUGGGCCAGCAUGCUCAAACAGCCGUGCUUCAAUGCUUCGCUGGCCUGUGACGAUGAACAAGAUUCCGCAUCUCAAUCGAGCCACGUCGACGACGAAGACGUCGGAUGCAGCAGCGACGGUGAAUCGGCCGACCCGCAUCGCGUCUGGUCGUUCAGCGUUUUGAGGCACAAAUUGCAAGGGUUGCGUCACAACGCUCAUCAGCUGACGACGUCCAACAGCAGCAAAAGAAGGUCGCUCUCCUUCAGCAGUGGGUCGUCGUCCUCCAAAUCGGCGGCAUCGACCAAAGUCCGAGCGCCAGGUAGGGCAGGUCGAGAGGCUCACGACGCCCGUGAGUCACGCACUUUCGGACGCAUACGGCGCUCGAUUAGCGUUCACGACAAGAGCCGUUUCACCGUGUGCAGUGGCGGCAGUGCGGGCAAGUUCAACAUGAAAUUGAACGCGUCGCAAUGCAGUUCUCGCGACGUCGGCGCGUCCAGCGACGAAGGGGAGGACGACUGCGGUGGCUUCACGUCCAAUCGACUCACGUUCACGCGGGUGGGCAGUUUACGCGGCAAAGCGACGCCGUCGACGGCCAAAAGCGUCGAAUGCCUCAAGUCAUCGCUACUGGCCACCAAUUCAUCGCCAGCUGUUGCCACAUCGAAAAAUGGUGGCGACACUGGCGGCGGAUGGCGACGUCAGAUCCGAUCCGUCCUCAUUCACGCCGCUCCGUGGGAGAAACGACGUCGGAGGCAGAGCGGCAACAAGAUCGAACAGAGCCGGACGUCGCCUCCGUCGCCGCAACUGAGCCCGCGCGUGCCACCGUUGCCGCCUCGGCCGGCCAACAAUCAAUCGAUGUCCGGCAAGAAAAUGCGAUCGGGUCUUUGGUUGGCGCACGCCAGUCACGUGACCACAACCCUGGCCAAAAAAUUGGGUUUGUCCUCCUCGUCGUCGUCUGCGGCCCCCGGUGCGGUGGUGCCAUCGAGUCCCAAUGACCCACCUUCGGCCAUCGUCACAGGUGGGGGCAAGAAUAGGAGGAAGAGCCACAACAACAACAACUACAACAAUAAUCGAUUGAGUUGCUCGUCUGGCAAACAUUUCGGCUCGUCCGAUUCAGCGUUGCUCAUCUCGCGUUGCCAUGACGACCAAGAGUCGAUGGUCAGUCGCAUGCCGGUGCCCAUUCAUUUCCAUUACCCGAUGGUUGGCGACGAGCAAGACGACGAUGAAGCGGAGGACCUUGCACAGCAGCAGGACGUGUUCCACAGUCUGGAACAGCACUUCCAGCAAUUUCCCCUUCAGCCGCGCACCAGGAGAGCCGUCAGUCUCCACGGCACUCAAGAUUUGGCCAGCUUCCAGUCGCAGUCGGCCACGUUAGUUCGCCAUCCGCGGGCCGAUAACAGGCCGACGGCCAGCGAGGGGGAUCGUAGAGUCUCUCUAAGUCACGCCUUGUCCCAGCCAUCGCUGACCGAUCGGCACAGCGACGAGGAAGACGACGACACUGUCUUCUCCACAGGCGGCCAUGACGAAGUGGACGCUAAAAUUCACGUGCCCGUCAAACCGACCGAGACGAUGGGCGCCCUGCGUUUGCAGACGAGGCGCAUCAAUUCGAGCCGGGCGCCUUCCGUGCCGGACGACGGUGAUCAUAAGGAAACGUCGUUCAGUUCCUCGUCGUGCGGUUCGCAUCAUCAAAACGAGCCGCUCUAUUCGACGACGGACGUGCCGCUGCCGAAACACAUCCGCCCAUCGACCUACUCCAUCUUCAGCGUCACUUUCCAAAAGGGCGCUGGCGCGGCAAAGUCGAGCGCCAGCGCGGCCAAGGCCGCCAGGAAGGGCUUGGGCUUCAGCAUCGUCGGCGGCGAGGACUCACCCAAAGGGAAACUGGGCAUUUUCGUCAAAACGAUUUAUCCGGGCGGACAAGCAGCCGAGGAGGGAACUCUCAAAGAAGGCGAUGAGAUUAUUGCCAUAAACGGACGCAAAGUCGAGGGUUUGGUUCAUGCUGAGGUGGUCGCUCUCUUCCGCGAAGUACGCCGAGGAGCAAUCACUAUCCAGCUGGGACGCAAACUACCCAAAGACCGAGAUGGACUCUACAUCACAGCAGAUCAGCUGACCCAAUUAGCAGCCAAUGGAGACGCACCACAACAAUAAAAAACUUGCACAAAUUGCCAUGACCUCCUUUCGUUUCUCUUUCCCCCAUGUUUAAAAAUGUUUGUGCGUGCAUUUGUGACUUACCAAUAAUUGGGAGAUCUCAUCAAGUCCAUCGGUAAAAGGAAAACGAAUUCCUCAAGCCAUUCACGACUCUUUUGUACAUAAGAACAAUUUCUACCUUAACUCUAUAGUACAUCGUUAAUAAAUAGCUGACCACGCA